AUGUCGUUGCGUCCUCUUGGAUAUCAAUGCAACAUAUCCUAUGCGCAAUUCUUCCGCACGGGACAGCAAACAAGACAUACCAUAACACAACAACUAAGAUCCUUUUCUCGAUCACGCGACACCCAUUGCGCACAUCGCUGGUCUACGACAAGUCCACACCAUGCCAACAAAGCUUCGUUUUCGCUACGGAGCUUGCUCAGUGAUCUUUUGAGGCCUGUACGCACUCUCCAAAGCCAUGGGAAGGGAUCAUGGACUCAACAAUGCCGCCAUGAGACUUCGGCAGCCAAGCCAUCAGAGCUCUGCGUGCACUGCGGUGGAAAAACUACCCACAAGGCUAGAAGACACGUCGAGCCUGGCAACUCUUCCAGUGGCUGGCACUGCAAAGCAUGUGUUCGGAUUGCCCGUGCUCAUGGCCAUCUGCCAAAUGAGGAGCAGCUUGCAUCGAUCUAUCGGCGAAGACGGAUGAGGGCGAGCGGAGAGGCUAGCAAAACAAGUCCAUGCAGGCACUGCGGCGCCAUGACUGCUCCGAGAAGUAGCCGUAAAUUCAUUGAUGCAAAUAACCCAUCCGCUGGGUUUCACUGCCGCACAUGCGUUCGGCAUAUCAAUCACCACGGCACCCUCCCAACCGAGCAAGAUCUUGCAGCGUUCGAGUACCGCAAAGGGAUUCGGAAAAGGAGUCCUCAUCCCAGCGCCUCAAAAAACAAUGCCUCAGACAUUUCGAAGAGAGAACCCAUACCUUUACAUACUUGCGGGUCCUCCGGCGAUUCUAAGUCUGUCAAACAGAUGAAACAGAGCCGCGAUGAAUACCCCUGCAUGCACUGCGGCGACAUAACCAUCUCCAGCAGCAAACGUAGGCUCGUUGAGCCCCAAAAUCCCGCGGCAGGUUACUACUGCCAGCCAUGCACGCGGUCCCUACUUGAAACAGACUCCUUGCCAAGCACCGUCAAAAUCGCGGCGCUCAGAAAGCUCAGAGCGACCCGCAUGCAAAGCAACCCCCGAGUCUUGAAAAGCCCAUGUGUCCACUGCGGUGAGAUCACCGCCCCCAGCAGCAAGCGCCGACUCGUUGAGUCGAAGAACGCCCAAGCCGGGUAUUACUGCCGCGCGUGUGCGGACUGUUUAGUACAAACCAAUUCCCUACCCAGCGAGAUACGCCUUGCAGUUCGCAGAUCGCGAGAGCAGGUCAGGCUGAAAAAUUUGCGGGCCAGUCAAUCUAAAAAGUCGCCGUCUCCGGUCUCUCCGCAGGACGGAGAAGCCAUACCAAUGGAUACGCCUACGGACAAUACCGCAAAUACUUGUGUGAACUGCAAAACUGAAGAACACACACCGGACCCCUAA